ACGAGUUUUGAGGGACUAAAAUGCCCCUGCUAACUGCAAUUUCUCCUAAAUUAUAGCACCGCAUUUAUUCAUUAGGUUUCUUGAAGUGCCACAUCACUCUUUAUUAGAUGCCAUCGGUGCCGUUCAAUUACAAAGAUCCAUGAUUGUUAAUCAUUCUUAUUUCUUUCACUGAGUGGAAUGUUCCGUGCUUUGAGGAUUAUUCUGCACCGGAGAGGACAAGGGUUCGAAUCCCCUCUGCCAGCAGAAAUAACGCCAAAGUCGCCAAACGCCCAAACGUACGAAGGCACGAAAGAAAAUUGAAAAAGACGACAGAAGGAAGUCGCCGACAGAGGGAUGAUGCAGUUGCCCUUAAAAAUAGCAAAGGACAUUGAGUGUAUUGAAAAAGGAAGACGAGUAGUUCAGGAUGUAUACUCGACAGUUGGGGGCCACAUCAGUCAACUUCCUGAUGAAAUGCUUGAGAUUAUUCUCGAUAAAUUAACACUUAGGGAUGCAGUUAGAACAGGUUUGGUAUCAUCUAGAUGGAGGCAUCUUGUUUUGACCCGGGCUUGCCUUAUUUUUAAUCUGUCUAACAUGUUUGGAAUUGAAAGGUGUGAAAGAUGGAGAUGUGUUUGUUCAGAAUACAAAGAUAAAUUUGUAUCAGCCGUAUCUCAAUUCAUUGGUUCUUAUAGAGGCACAAAAAUAAGCAUUUUUGAACUCUGUUUCUGCCUGAAUAAUGAUUCCCCAUGUGAUGUCUUAAAUUGGAUUCGAUUUGCUCUUAAUUUAAGCGCAGAAGUGCUCGAUGUGUGGUUUCAUUGUGAAUAUUUCACACCUCAAAUGCCAUUGUCUGCUACUCCUUGGAGAAUCCCUAUUGAGCUUUUUCAAAGCGGACAACCGGUUCUUAAGAAUCUUCUGUUAUCUAACUGUGCUGUACCAGAAACUUUUACUCUCCGUCCAUUCAGCCAGCUAGAGGACCUCAGAUUUCAUCACAUACCUCUGGAGUUUCAUGAUAUGGGGAGUGUGCUAUCAGGCUUAGUAAAGCUCAAACAGUUGGAACUGAGACGAUGCGGAUUGCCUUCAUAUUUAAGCCUUAACUCACUCACCAGUCUAGAGAGUGUCUGGAUUUUAUUUUGUGACGGGUUGGAGAAACUUGCCGUGGCUAAUCUUAAGCUCAAGCAUUUGAGUGUUUUGUGUCGGAGCACUGUUUCAUUUGGGCUAACUGGGGUUCCUAACUUGAUGAGACUCUCUUACGCAGUACAUCACGGUGGCUUGUCCCUUAUUUUUUCAAAGCUGCCCAAAAUUCUUCCUCAUUUGAGAUUUUUGAAUGUGCACUCUUGUUCCAACUGGAUGGGGUACAUGCCUGAAAGCAUAGCCACAUUCUCAAAUCUUUUGUCAUUAAUGCUGGCAUUGGAUCACAAAGCGGGAGAUAUCAUGUGUAAGAUCGUUCAAAUUUUGAAAUCGUGCCCUCAACUCUAUACUCUUCGUAUUGUGCUCAGCACCGGAGUGGACAAGGAACACAAGAAGCUAGAGUCCAUUGAAUACCGUCAUGCACGCCUAACGUGCUUUGAGAUCUUAGGAUUCUUAGGCACCGAGUAUCAGAUUGAGUCUUGCAAGUAUUUGCUCAAACUUGCUCCUCGCACGAAGAAGAUGAUGUUAAAUUGUGAUCUACCGGAGCUGUUGUCACCUAGCUUUUAUUUACUCGAUAAAUUAGAACGUGAAAGUGUAAUAAAUGCACUGAAAGCAGUUUCAAAUGAUGUGAGUGUGGUUUUUAUUCAAAAAAAACAUUUGAUCAUAUAAUAUGGAAGGAUCUUACCUUCUCAAAUUAUUCUUUAACUUGAUUACCUAUUUUUAGUUGUUUGAAACUUAGUUAAAUGUCAUGUAAUGGGUGCAUAAAGUUUCUUCAUAACCAUUUAGUUUAUGGUCUUGUAUGGGAUCAUCUUUGUUAGCAUUAGCAUUUUAGAUAUAAUUUUAAUGAUAUAAAUUAAUUCUGAAAAUGAUUAUGCUAAAAGCUACUGUCGAAUAACUUUUUUGAUAUGUUAACGUUAAUUUCUAACGUUGUUGCUAAAAGGAGUCUAUGUAAGAGUACUAAAGUUAUGGUGAUGGG